AUGCUGUACUCCUUCCCACCCGAUCAGGUGACAGAUCAGGGAGCGAAGUUCUGGUCUGGUACAAAACGUUGUCCACAUAUGCUCGAAUUUGAUCCCGCUCAGGAGGAGCAUCGCAACUUCGUCUAUGCUGCUUCAAUUUUGCGAGCAGAAGUUUACGGCAUCAAACCCAUCCUUGAUGUUGAUCUCGUCAUGAAAAUUGCAUCGUCGGUGCAGCCACCACCAUUUAAACCAAGAGCUAAUGUAAAAAUCGCGGUUACUGAUGCUGAAGCGAAAGAGAAUGCGGAAGCUGAGGAUGCGCACGAUCAAAAUUUUUUUUCAGUCAACUCCGACACUGUUCUAGAACAAUUGAAAGUGAAACUUGCUCGACUGAACACCAAAACAAUUCAUAAGCUCAAUCCAAUUGACUUCGAAAAGACUAAACAGAUAGCUGGUCGCAUCAUUCCUGCAAUCGCAACCACUACAGCGACAGUAGCUGGUUUAGUGUGCAUUGAGCUGUAUAAGAUGAUCGCAUCCGAAGGUUUGCCGAAAACACCUAUGAAUCGUUUCAAGAAUGGCUUCAUCAACCUUGCUUUACCGUUCUUUGGUUUUUCUGAGCCAAUCGCUGCACAAGUCAAAAAAUAUAAUGAUAACACCUUUACGCUAUGGGACCGACUAGAAAUUCAAGGACCAAAAUCGCUUCAGGAGGCUGUGGACUGGAUUGAGAACGAAACUGGUCUUGAAGUUACCAUGCUAUCGUCAGGGGUAUCGUUAAUCUAUUCUUUCUUCAUGGAUGCUAAGAAACGUGCUCAUCGCAUGCCUAUGGAUGUAAAAUCCGUUGUGGAAGAUGUGUCAAAGCGAGAGGUGCCUAAACAUCAACGAUCGUUGGUUUUGGAAGUGAUGGCCACGGACCCAAAUACCGAUGCAGACGUCGAAGUUCCCUACAUUCGAUACGUGUUAUAG